AUGGCUUUGCCUGCGUUGCCAGUACACAAAACUCGGAAAAGCACUGGAAACAUUCCGUUACAGACUCUGGCAAGGUCUGCACCGUCCACGCCAAAGAGUGGCCUUCGAGCGCCCUCGACUGUCUUGGCUCCUCCAUCCCCGGUUCCCACCACUGCUUUGCCCCUUUCAAAGGGCCUCGUCAAUGUCAACGCUGUAAACGCAGCGGGAAAAACGCUUAGAAAAACCGUCAGCAUCAGCUCAUUUCCACAUCCUCCACGAGGCGAUAGCAGGUCCAGCAGCUUGCCUCCCGGCCCCUUGGCUGGCGAGAGGACUCGAUCUCGGAGGUCAAAGACGCCCAGGGAGCUUCCUCACCUAAACUAUUCUCCAUCUACCCCGAGUCUGUUGAAUGCCAGCGGCGAGGGCAAAUCUGUUAGCAACGCGCGCAUGUCCGACGGGUUGAUGAGCAUUUCGUCACCACCGCAAAGCCGAAGCUCCUCCGCGCAAGAUUCAUACUCAACUUCUGCAACGACGUAUGACGAGCCUGGUGAGGGAUCAGCCUCGAAGCUCGAAGGAGGCGCUCCUGGUCUUAGCAGCCCGGCUUCAGACAAGCGAGCAUCCAAAUCCGAGAGCAAAGGCAACGUGCUUGUUAGCGUGCGAGUCCGCCCAGACAAUGCCGCGGGCCAGUCAAACCCUGAAGGGGAGUGGAUGGUAGAUGGACGCAAGUCGCUUAUCGCGUACAAGGGGAAAGAAGGUGGCGAUUACAUUUAUGAUAAUGUUUUUACGACGCAUGACAACAAUGCGCGCGUUUAUGACCACAUUGCAAAGCGACUUGUCCGGAGAGUCAUGGAAGGCUACCACGGAACGGUCUUUGCCUACGGUAUGACCGGCACGGGCAAGACAUUUUCGAUGCAAGGCACAGCUUCGUCACCGGGCGUCAUUCCCCUGGCAAUCACUGACAUCUUCUCCUACAUUCGGGAAACGCCAUCCCGAGAAUUCCUGCUGCGUGUCAGCUACCUUGAAAUUUACAACGAAAAAAUCUAUGACUUGCUAAGCAUGCCGACGGGCAGCGGUGUCGGCGGAGCUUCACAGGACGAGAUCAAGCUUCGCGAGGACAGCAAGCGCGGCGUGUACGCUACACCUCUGAAGGAGGAAAUCGUUCAAAGUCCUACACAAUUGCUCCGAGUUAUUGCGCGUGGUGACCAGGCGAGACGAACUGCCAGCACACAAUUCAAUGCCCGCAGUUCGCGGAGUCACGCGGUCGUCCAAAUUGUUGUUGAGAGCCGGGAACGAAUACCAGGUGGCGCUACUGGCGGGAUCGAAGCCAAGCGCUCGGCUAUUCUCCCCGGAGGUGUUCGAGUUUCCACACUGAGUUUGAUUGAUCUGGCUGGUUCUGAAAAAGCAGCCGAGUCCAAGGAAAGGAGACAAGAGGGUGCCCAUAUCAACAAGAGUCUUCUCACGCUGGGAACCGUCAUCGCAAAGUUGUCUGAGUGGAAGGACAAGGAGAGCAAAGGCGGCGACAAAGAAGGCAAGCAUCUGCCUUACCGUGAUAGCAAACUGACGCGUCUCCUCCAAGGAGCCUUGUCUGGCAACUCAUUAGUGAGCAUUCUUUGCACCAUCCAGAUUGGAGCCGCCGGAAGCACCGCGGCCGCAAACACCCACACCACCGAAACCAUCAAUACUCUGAAAUUUGCCUCCCGAGCCAAGAACAGUAUUGUCAGCCACGCCAAGAGAGCGGAAGAGGCUCUCGGCGCAGGAGGCGACGGCGGCGCGAGAGUGCUAUUGGAGCGGUAUCGCAUGGAGAUUGUGGAGCUGCGGAAGCAGCUAGACUCACAAAAGAGCAAGAGGAGUAGCAAGGAUAGCGAGACGGACAAGGACGAGGAAGCAGAAAAGGUUCGAGAAUUGGAGGCUGUCGAACGACACGAGGAACAAAUGCUGGAGAUGCAGCUCGCGAGGACGGCGCUGAAGGAACGAAUCGACCAUCUCAACCGACUGAUCCUCAGUUCCAAGUCGAUUGGGGUUAAUUCCAACGGCUCAUUGAGCUCGCUUGGACAAUAUGCACGAUUCUCCCAGCUAUCUCUUACGGGGUCCAUCAGGUCUUCAGUUGCCACUUCGAUCGGAUCAAAGCCUCUGUUGGAGCGCGCCGCGUCCACGACAUCAGCGUCAUCGACGAUAGGGCGACGCUCCAGCGGUGGCCAGAGAAUAUCUGGUGAAUGCGAGCGCGAAGCCAUCGAUGUCGAGGACGACAGUAUUGGGGAGUAUGGAGAUGGCACGGCUUCUCUGACGGCCCAGAACCGGGCGCUUCAGGCAGACUUAAUUGAUAAGAACCGGUACAUUGCCACUCUGGAGAAGAGACUUUUGCAAGCGAGACGGGCAAGCUCGUCGCGAACCUCUGUUGGGUUUUCCGCGCCAAGUAAGAAUAUCAUGGUUGGUGAAGACCACAGCGUCGCUGCCGCCUUGAAAGAAAAGGAUGCCGAGAUAGCUGAUCUCCGUGCUCGUCUUGACGAUAAAGACCGCAUGCUUGCUGCUCUGAGGAGUGCCGCGCGCUCCCGGGACACUGCUGACGCCUCGGCCGAACCACGAUCAAACUUAGUUUUGGAUCAGGCCAAGAUGACGACGCUAGCUACCCCUAGUCCUACGAGCCAUCGGAUUCAAAGGAGGCGGACCAGGAGCGUCGAUGAGAUGAAUAGGAUGCUCGAAGAGAUGAUCCAGGACCGCGUUGAAACAGGUCAAAUCAUUCGUGGAUCCCGAGGUAGCGUGCGAUUACCCCGUGGACGAAAGCCGGACUCACUCGCAGAGCCGCCACAGACUUUGGAAACGUUGCGACAAAGCCCGGUGCCUGCGGCUGCGCCAGCCGUGUUGGAAACCGAGUCGGCCUGA